GACCGAAGAAAUGUCCCCACAAGGUAAAAAGUUACUUGUAUAGUUACUUGGAUGGUAAAAAGCACCCACACACAGAAUGUCAUCUUUAAGGAAUAACAGGACUUAACAGUAUCGUAGGAGAGAUUCAAGCAAAAACAUAAUAUUCUCAUAAUACACAGAGGACAAAAAUUAAUUGCUGGAUCUCAGGAUGAUCUAUGCACAGCGUAUUGCGAGAAAGUAUGUCCCCUGAAAGUUUUUGCUAGCGUAGUUAGAGAAGAUGACAAUCUUAACAAUUAACCAUAAAUGGUUACAUUCUGAAAUCAUGUAUUCAAAAAGUAUGGAAAAAUUGCAGAAUACUAAAAAUUAAAAAAUAGAGUGAAAGAAGUUACUGGUGUAUUUCCUGGUGUGACAUUUUGAAGUAAAGAUUAGACAUCUAAAUAGAUAGUUUCAGUAUACAUGUUUAUGAAUAAUCUGAACGCUAUAAAUUCCAGUAAUACAGGUUGGAAUUAAAUUAUUUCAUUAGGAUUAACCUGAUGAACUUUGAUUAUAUCUUCUCCGUUUUCUCCAGCCUAGGCUAUGAGGUUACAUACGGUGACAUCACCUCUGGACUCAACAGUGUGUUUCUAUCAGCAACAGAAAAAUGUAGAUACACAUGCAGAAGGGUAUUUAAGGCCGUAGUCAAAAAUCUAGGACAAAAUGUGUUAUUUUGGAUUGCGCUGAAAAAUUUAGCUUUCAUUACGGCUACCGAAUUCUACAGCAGAUCUGUCUGGUUAAAUUCCAGCACCAAGAAGACAAAAUGUUCGAGUCAUUUGUUAGAGUAAUUUAAGCCACCUACACAAAUACAAACAGUAUGUGACUCGUGGUUGUGUGCGCAGCACCUUAACACAUACACUCGUGAAGGAUACUCUAUUCUCAGGGGCAACGGAACGACACGAUCUUGGUCACUGCACUGAUUCGGGGUUUACGGCCACGGAGUGAUUCAUCGUUCACAAGUUCACUAGACUAAGCCGUUCACCACCACAACCAAAUAGUUCCAGUCAUAUAAAUAAGUAAAAAAUAGUCUUAAUUCCCUUUCCACCCCCUCCGACGGUAAAACAUUUAUUUUAACGAACUUAGAAGAAUCGAUUAAAUGGAAAGAUGCAUGGAAUCCAUCUCUGAUCAGAUCCUUGUGUCAAAACAAUGUUACACGUGUAAAGCUGUAGCCUUUCGACCCGUGUUAUUUUUUAGAAACUGUUGCCUAGAAAAAUAGUGGGAAAAAUACAUGCACAACUGUAAACACCCGCAUUGAAAAAUCCCCGGCGGCUAUUAUAGAUGCCGCGCCCGGUGCCCGCUUCCGUGUUCCGGGAGAAGCAGGCAGCAGCAAGGCGACCCUGCGGUGAAAAGCUAGUGACUGUCGUAGUUACCCGACAUUUUCAGAUGUUCAGACAGUUAAAGACUUUAUAUUAACGUGUGAGGUGCAGUACAUAAACGCAGGCGCUGGCGUUCCUCCGUAUCAACACGUCGCCAUGCCCCGGUCACGUCAACACAUGGGCGCUGCAUGUCAGGCGUUCGCGUUGGAGAGUUAGCAGCUCACAGCCCUGAGAUUGAGAUAAUACAGAUAACAAGACUCACAAACCAGUGUGACACGUGUAAACAACAAUAAAAAUUGUGCAGAAUCUUGUGUUGCCAGCGUACAAUCACAAGCAAAUACUGUAAAUCAAGAUCAAAAUAAACCACCCAUUAAAAGUAUGUUAAAGAAAGCAAAGUUUACGUAACAGCCUCCGGCUUGCCUAUUAUCCACCGAGGCAGGCGGGAUGGCAGGAAAUCUACCGUCUGUAGUUCUUUUGUAAUAAUUUCUGUGUUGAUUUUAAACGCUCACUGGGCUACCGGAUCUUACUGCCUACCCGUUUAAUACCAGCCUGUCACAUUCGUCACAUCUGCAACGGAGCGAAGGAAGUGCAGAGACGCAUUUCUGAUAAAGCACAGCACGUAAAGUACCCAAAGCUGCCACCGAAAACAGCGGCAAAUCGUCUUUUCUUUUCAUUUUGCUAAAUGGCAAAAGGCAAAUGUUUCAGGAAAACCAAAGAAAAAAAGAUGGUAUGAGAUGGGAAAAGCUGAAGAGAUGGUGAGAAGUGUGUAACAGCGAAAGGGACAGAGAAGCGGUGGAGACGCAGAGCACCAGCUCAGAGGAGAUGGUGCCCAGCUCGCCGUCGCCGCCCCCACCACCACGAGUCUACAAGCCCUGCUUCGUCUGCCAGGACAAGUCGUCUGGCUACCAUUACGGGGUUAGCUCCUGCGAGGGAUGCAAGGGCUUCUUCCGGCGCAGCAUCCAGAAGAACAUGGUGUACACCUGUCACCGCGACAAGAACUGCCAGAUCAACAAGGUGACCCGCAACCGCUGUCAGUACUGCCGGCUGCAGAAGUGCUUCGAGGUCGGCAUGUCCAAGGAAGCCGUGAGGAACGACCGCAACAAGAAGAAGAAGGACGUGAAGGAGGAGGCGGUGCUGCUGGAGAGCUAUGAGCUGAGCAGCGAGCUGGAGGAGCUGGUGAGCAGAGUCAGCAAAGCCCACCGUGAGACCUUCCCCUCCCUGUGUCAGCUGGGCAAGUACACCACGAACUCCAGUGCAGACCACCGAGUCCAGCUGGACCUGGGCUUGUGGGACAAGUUCAGUGAGCUGUCCACCAAAUGCAUCAUCAAGAUCGUGGAGUUCGCCAAGCGCCUGCCCGGCUUUACCACACUCACCAUCGCUGACCAGAUCACCCUACUGAAGUCAGCCUGCCUGGAUAUCCUGAUGCACAAAAUUUGCACCCGCUACACCCCCGAACAGGACACCAUGACGUUUUCGGAUGGGCUUACCCUGAACCGCACCCAGAUGCACAAUGCUGGUUUCGGGCCGCUCACCGACCUGGUGUUCGCCUUUGCUGGUCAGCUGCUGCCCCUGGAGAUGGACGACACAGAGACCGGCCUCCUCAGCGCCAUCUGCCUCAUCUGUGGAGACCGCAUGGACCUGGAGGAGCCGCAACGUGUGGACCGUCUACAGGAGCCCCUGCUGGAAGCCUUGAAGAUCUAUGCUCGCCGCAGACGGCCCAACAAGCCGCACAUGUUCCCGCGCAUGCUAAUGAAGGUCACGGACCUCCGCGGAAUCAGCACUAAGGGGGCGGAGCGAGCCAUUACACUGAAGAUGGAGAUCCCAGGUCCCAUGCCGCCGCUGAUCCGGGAGAUGCUGGAGAAUCCCGAGAUUUAUGAGGACGGUCCAGCCCAGGAUGGGGACACCACUACCCCCGCUGUCCCCACGCCGACGGCCGUGAAGACGGAGAAGCGGAUGGAGGCCGGGGGUCCAGAUGAUGGCUUUGAACCCUCCUUGGAUGAGGAAGAUGAGGAUGAGGAUGAGGACUGCGGGGAUGAGGAGCGGGACAGGGGUGCAGACAGCGAUGGAGAGGCCUGGGCGGAUACUUCCAGGAGAGCCCAGACUGGCCGGGCACAGUGAAGAAGCCGCACCCGCCCUUCUGCAGCCUGACCUCAUUAACCUGCCCCCCAGUAUAAACACGUACAUUCCCCACCGUACUUGCAGCUCCCUCUGCCGGGGGGGGGGCUGCUUGUACAGACAACAGGGGUUCAGUCAUACCCCCGGGGUAACAGGAAGACAGGGUCAGGGAGAGGAAGACAAGGUGUGGAAGCUCAUGGAAGAAUCUCAGACACUCGCUGUGGGGACGGAGGGCAAAUGGGUAGGAUUUCCCCGAAAAAGCCAUCGCUCGCUGUUUAUGUGCCCGUUUUGUCAAACUGAGGGGAAGAGGUGGCUCUAAGCCACAUGGCCCGCGUCCUGUGUGCCAUGAGACUCUCAUGCGUGUUCCUGCGUGCCACUCGGGUGUCACCUAUAAAGCCAUCGAAGAACUGGGCCCACAUGCCUUGGGACUUCUGAAUUAUUAUUUUUUUUAAUUUGACAUGUAUUAGACUUUCUAUCAUUUGAUACCUUUAGGGUAUAUGUAUGCACUAUAUAUCUGUAUGCAUAUAUUCUGUUCUUCCUUCGGUUGCGAUCGAAAGGUUUCCAGAUGUCAGACACAGAGAGCGGUGGCAGAUUUUAGCGUUAACCAAUCAGGAGGCCCCUCCAGCACUUUUUCUUUUCUGGACACAUGUGUGACCCGUCGCCCGGUCCGUACAAGGACAGGCGUUAAGGUGGCGCCACCUGCUGGGUCGACCAUCUUGUGCCAAAACGCGGUGGUUUAGACAUCCGGAGCCUACACCGCUGUCAGGGACAUCGACCGACCCCCCCACCCCCCCACCUAUAAGGCUGCUCACACCGGCAGUAUUCUGGCCCUAGAUGGACAAGAACCUCCUUCUUGGGGCAUGUAGGGAUGGUUGACUCACAAGCCCCCACCCCCCCAUACUGUGUUCACUCCAAUGUGCUCGCAGCACCUUGGGGACCCUGUGAAGGAAGGUGCUGGCGGUGGGGGGGGGCGGUACACUGGAUACAGAGACUGUAAAUGUCGGCCAUUACUGAAGCCAGGCCAGAUACACCUGCCCAUACAGCCGUCAUUCUUUCCGAGGUUUCUCCCGGAACAAAAUCGUGUUCGGGGCUUGUCCAGCAGGCCUCAUUGUGGUAUGUCAGUGGGCCGCCCCUCUCACUUCCCACUGAGACCAUUACUAGCUCAUUUCCUUCUGGUCUCCUUCGUAGAACUGAGUGAUUCUGAUUCGGUCGGGUUCACAGAACGAAAGGAAACGCAGCGAUGAGAGAAGGCCCGAACCACCCACAUUCAUCAUCAAACCGUUCGGCGAGGAAUUACUCCUCCUGCACCCAGCAGGUGGUUAGUUUGAGGGAUCGCAAAAAAACACAAUGCAGCUGAUCAUCCUGUGAAUUCUAUGCAUAGGCGGGGCGGGGC